AUGGGUGAGAUUGAGGACCUCCGCGCCGAGCUGGCCGCGCAGCAGGAGCAGCAGGAGCUGCUGAAGCUGAAAGAAGAGUUGGCGAAGAUCAAGCGCGAGAACGCCGCGCUCGAGACCAAGGCCGGCGGCGCGGGCGGCACGCCGGCGACGCCGGCCGCGGCGCCGCCGAAGAAGAAGAAGUCGAAGAAGGCCAAGAAGGCGCCGAGCGCCGAGGAGGCGGCGGAGCUCGCGGCGCUGCAGAAGGAGCUCGCGGCCGUGACGGGUGAGACGUCGCGCCUCGAGUCCGGCGACGCGAAGCCCGCGGCGGCGAAGCUCGCGGCGGCGGACCCCAAGUCCGACGACGCCUACGUGCGGCGCGCCUACGUCGGCGGCCUGCCCUACUCGUCCACGGAGGCCUCCGUGUCGUCCUACUUCGCCAACGCCUGCGGCGAGGUCCGGCGCGUCGAUCUCAAGGACUUCGACGACACGCCCGGCAAGUUCUGCGGCAUCGCGUUCGUGACCUUCGGCGACGAGGACGCGCUCCAGCGCGCGCUGAACCUCGACGGCUCGGCCUACGAGGACGACGAGCGCUGCAGGCUCAAGGUGCGCCGCGACCAGACCGCGAAUCGCCGGCCGCCGCCGGAGCGCAAGGCGGGGUCGCUCACGGUCUACGCGGGCAACAUGGGCUGGGACACGAGCCGCGACGACGUCGCCGCCUACUUCGCCGAGCAGGGCUGCGCCGUGGCGAACCUGCGCUACCACACGGACGCGGACACGGGCAACUUCCGCGGCUUCUGCCACGUCGAAUUCGAGGACGAGGCGUCGCUCGAGGCGGCGCUCGCGUGCGCGGGGACCAAGUGGCGCGGCCGCGACCUGCGCAUCUCCCACAGCGAGACGGCGAAGAAGCGGCCCGCCGAGGGCGGCAAGGGCGGCAAGGGCGGCCGGGGCCGCGGCGGCGGCGCGAAGAAGCAGCGCGGCGGCCGCGGCUAG